UAUGCGCGUCGCUAUACGCUCGCCUGUGCACCUCUCGAGUCCUGAGUCCUGAAACGCGAAAAGAUAAACAAGAUGUCUUUCGGUUUAGAGUAGUUAAACACUUAAACCCCAGAGCCACGAAAACAAAACCUUUGAUAAAACCUGCAACUUCAAUACUAAACAGGAGUUCCUCUUGAAUUCUCCACAGUAUUUCAAUUCAAUGCCCCAGUUUUCAUUCUUUUCCUUAAUUUAGUUUUCAUUUGGAUUAGGAUGGCUCUGUUACCUAGUUGUCAAUUCUAUCCGACAAGCUUCUUAGAUUCAUUUCAGAGCUCUCUCUCAAGGUUCCAAGGUUCUCGCCUGUUAAUUCUCAGGUAUGCAUCGUCAAUUCGGUUCAAAAGGCACAAUUUUUCUGUAAGCCAUAACAACAUAAUCUCGGAUUCGCUUCCAGAGAAAAACCAACAAAAAAAUUCUAGUUUUGCUCUGAAAAAAAACAACGAUAGGCGGUAUUUUGCCGAAGAAACACCCAUUUCUCAAUCCAUUUCCAAUGGCGAUUUCUCAAGUAAUAGCUGGAUAAGUAAAUGGAACGAAACCCACCAACAAAAUCUUCCCAAUAGGCCGCAGACUGUUUUGGAUUAUCGAAAUGGUGGGGAUGUUUCGAGCAGUGAAGACGAUGAGAACAAUACUAGUAGUAGUAGCGGUAGUAGUAGUACAAUGGAUAAGAUUGUGGAGAAGUUGAAAAGGUUUGGGUAUGUUGACGACAUGAAUGAGAGGAGGGAGAGAGUGCCCGAAAAAGGUUCUGUGGAAGAUAUUUUUUAUGUUGAAGAAGGGAUGCUGCCGAAUACGAGAGGUGGGUUUUCAGCAGAAUCUCCGUUAGGCAUAGAAAAUGGUUUGGGGGGCAGUGGGGAAGUUCGGUUUCCUUGGGAAAAGCGUUCAAUGAAGGAAGAAGAGGAAAGGAAUUCAUUUAGGUCGAGGAGUAGGACUUCGUUGGCUGAAUUGACUCUUCCAGAGUCAGAGCUGCGGAGGCUCAGAAAUUUGGCCGUUCGGACAAAGCAGAAGACUAAGAUUAAAGGAGCCGGCGUCACUCAAGCGGUUGUGGAUGCUAUUCAUGAAAAGUGGAAGACGUCAGAGAUAGUGAGACUCAAAUGCGAGGGUGCUUCUGCGCUUAAUAUGAAGAGAAUGCAUGAGAUAUUGGAGAGGAAAACUGGUGGAUUGGUAAUUUGGAGGUCUGGCACUUCCAUUUCUUUAUAUAGAGGUGUGAGUUAUGAGGUUGCUUCAGUGAAAGAUGCCAGGAAGCGAAUUCAAAAUAUCAAUGAGAAUUCACAUAAUUCAUUUGAAAUAAUUACUGCUAAGAUUAACAGGGAUCCCAAAGAAAACAGUUCUUAUGGUGCUGUGCAGGAACCUCAGACAAGUAUGGUUGCAACGGUUGAAGAGAAAAAGGAUGUUGAAUCUUUGCCAGAAAUAAAGUAUGAACAUGAAAUGGAUGAGCUUUUAGAUAGUCUUGGCCCUAGGUAUACAGAUUGGCCAGGAAAUGGUCCAUUGCCUGUAGAUGCUGAUUUGCUCCCCGGUGUUGUUCUUAACUACAAACCCCCCUUUAGAAUACUUCCUUAUGGAGUAAGAUCCACUCUUGGGAUCAAGGAAACAACAGCCCUACGGAGGCUUGCUAGAAUUAUACCUCCACAUUUUGCUCUUGGGAGGAGCAGGCAGCAUCAAGGGUUAGCAAUGGCUAUGAUCAAGCUGUGGGAAAGAAGUUCUAUUGCAAAGAUUGCACUGAAGCGUGGUGUGCAACUUACUACCAGUGAACGAAUGGCUGAAGAUAUCAAAAAAUUGACGGGGGCCACAAUUCUUUCUAGAAAUAAAGACUUCAUUGUAUUCUACAGAGGAAAGAAUUUCUUGUCACCAGAUGUGACUGAGGCACUGUUAGAGAGAGAGAGGUUGGCAAAGGCAUUGCAAGAUGAAGAGGAACAAGCACGGCUGAGAGCCUCAUCCAUGGUUAUCUCAGUUUCUGAAACCAUAGUAGAGUCCGGUACUGCAGGUACUCUUGAAGAAACUCUAGAAGCAGAUGCUCGGUGGGGGAAGAAGCUAGAUGAUGAAGAUAGGAAGAAGAUGAUGCGAGCUGCAGAAGUAGCAAGGCAUGGAACCCUUGUUAGAAAGCUUGAGCAGAAACUUGCUCUUGCUGAACGGAAGUUAAUGAAGGCAGAACGAGCUUUAUCUAAGGUUGAGGAGUUUUUAAAGCCCACGGAAAGGCCAGCAGACCCAGAAAGCAUUACUGAUGAGGAAAGGUUUAUGUUUCGCAAACUGGGUCUUAGGAUGAAAGCUUUCCUACUCCUUGGAAGACGUGGAGUAUUUGAUGGCACAGUGGAGAACAUGCACCUCCAUUGGAAGUACAGAGAACUUGUUAAGAUCUUAGUAAAGGCUAAAACUUUUGAUCAAGUCAGGAAUAUUGCAUUAGCCCUGGAGGCUGAGAGUGGUGGUAUCUUGGUUUCUGUAGACAGAGUUUCCAAAGGGUUUGCCAUAAUUGUAUUCCGAGGGAAGGACUAUAAACGACCUCCAACAUUGAGGCCAAAGAAUCUUUUGACAAAGAGGAAAGCUCUAGCGCGUUCUAUUGAGCUUCAGAGGCAUGAGGCACUCUACAAACAUAUUUCAACUCUGAACAAAAGGGUGGAGAUGCUAAGAUCAGAACUUGAUCAAAUGGAAAUUGUGAAGGACCAAGGAGACGAGGAGUUGUAUGCCAAGUUGGAUGCAGCAUAUCCUACUGAAGAUGAAGAUUCUGAGGAUGAAGGUGAUGAGGCAUAUCUUGAGACUUAUGAUAGUGAUAACAAUGAUGCCGAUCCUAAAGAUGCAAUCCAGAACUUCCAUGCAGAAAUAGAAACAAAUUUUCCUUAUGAUGAACAAAAUUGGGCAGGUGAAACAGAUUCAGAAGCUCUCCAAGCAUAUUCACUUUUAGAGACCAAUAAAUCAUGUACCAGAACCAAUGAAGCAAGGAUGGAAGAUUCCAAUUUUCAUGAUUUGGACUAAUUCACUCUUAUAAAUGAGAGGAGAAUGGCUCCUUCUGAUCUGCGAACUCCACCAUUGGUGACUUCUGAAAACUGAGAAUCCAGCAACGUUUUUGUUGGAUUUUGUGACAUUGACUGAGAGCUGAGCCGUUGGUUGCUUCUUUCUUCCUUGGCAGAACUCCAUAGAACUGUCAUCAAUAGCCUCCCUUUGACCUUGUUCUCUGAAGCCAUAGCAAUAGAUCUCUUCUUCUUGGAGCAUUUGAAGCAAAAACAUUAAUCAGUUGCAGAUCCAAUUCCCAUCUUAUCCCUCCUUUUUCAGAUCUGAGAAGGUCAACUGUGAAUUAAUCAAGGUUAUUUUGGUUUCUUAUGAAGAUGGAUGCACAUAAAUUAGUGUUGUUUCUUCUGUGGGACCUUCACCAAAUCCAUCCUUUGCUCAUAUGAGCUUCUAUUAUGUUUAACAAUGUUUCAAUGAGAUUGUCGACGUGAAGUUGACUGGCAAAUGAGCCCGUUUGGAUGGAAUGUAGUUGCUUGGUUGUAAUUCUAAAUACGAAAUUUGUAGUGGAUCAAUACCAUUCUAGUUUGUUCUUGAGCUCAGACCAAUACAUGUCAGCUGUGAAUAAAUCAAGGUUAUCUUGGUUUCUUCUGAA